GGAGAAGAAGAGGACGAAGGAGACGGUAAGCGGAGUUGUUACGUGCUCGAGAAAUUUCUCGCCCAGUAUUCGGGUAACUCAGAGGACCGCAUUAUUUCCCAGAGGGACCCACCACAACUGAACGAAAUGGCUGUGCUGAGGCUUAAUGACUUUUCCCUGAAAUGUUUAGUCUUUUCUGAUCUGGAAAUCUCGCAGAACCUGUGAGUCUUCAACCCCAAGUUAAGAUACAUCUGCUUGUUUCUCCGAAUUCGUAUAGAAAGUGCCUCUGGUGCCCCUGAGUAAAACGCUGACCCUUGUUGACCCCCAUACAACUACACUAUGAGUAAGUCAAAGGGCCAGGAUGAUACUCUCAACAGCCUGUCCAAUAGAGAUGCCGUUGAUGUGCCUGAUGAUCUCUCUCUGAGUGACUCAGACCCUGAAGAGUCUUUAGAGACCUUCAGCAGAAAGAUUGAGGACUUGUCUUCUUCCUCUGAGGAAGAAGAGAAUACUAAGCAUGGUCACGCAGUCCCUCAAGAAAAGCCCACUUUUAGAUUGAGUGGUGGGAGUUCUGGAUUCACUGACCGCAGUAGAAGCAUCUUUGAUCAGCUGGAUAGCGCUGCAAAGCUCACUUCAAAUCAGUUAGCUGAUGACAACGUCCUUGACGGCACGUUCGCUCGGCCUGCUCCACCAUCACCACCACAGUCUGCUCAGAGGAAAUUUGGAGGAACAAAGAAAGUUUCCUCAGCCAAGAGAAUACCAGACUACCUGGCUCACCCUGAGCGCUGGACCUGCUACAGCCUGGACGAUGUUCCUGAGACCAGCGAUAAACAGAACAGCCAAGUGGCCCAUGAGUUCAUACGAGGGCUCCAGGAACGUAGGAGGUCCCUGGAGGCCACCGAAGAACCUUUCACCCCAGCCUUCAACCAGGACCACAGCAGUAGCUCUGAGCAUAAGAUCAUCUUCACCAGACCUAGUCAAGCGUCCAAAGAUGAAGGCAAAACUGCAAACAAGGUAGAGCGAGCUAAGAAGAGUGAGGUUGGUCUAGGCCACCUGGAUGCUGGCCAGGAGGAUGAAGAAGGGAGAAAGGUGGCCUCUCUUCAUCACAAGUCCACAUCUGUGGAAGAAGAGAAGAGGAAAAGGAAGAGGGCGCCAGAGGACGAAGGGGAGCAAGGAAAGGCGAGUAAUGUUGCCUUCAACAGUGGAAAGAAGGUGAAUCGCAAGAACUUCCGCAAGGUGGUUGAAGAAGAGGAUGAGGACUAGAUGUUAGUGUUCACGUCAGCAAUAUGUGCAUACAUGUCUGCCUGAUGUCUUGUGCGAAUAUAUUUAGAUCUUAUCCUGGAUCCCUUAGAUAGUUAUAGUGCAAGGGAGCACUUAUUCCAAAAUAAAAACUCUUAUGGUAGAUCGAGCACUGAUAAUUUUGUUAUUUGUUGAUUAUGAAAAAUGAUUGCAGUACCAGAGGUGAGAGUAAACUGCAUUUUUGUGGAUUUUUCAUGGUGUUCAUAGUUAUAUUGUAAAACUGUGAAGUACUGAGGAUAUGUCUCAUUGUCUACAAACAUUUCCUUAAAUAAAUUUGAUUAAUCUGAAA